UACCGGGGCGGUUCGGGCGGCUGCCAUUCGCUUCCUGCUUCUUGGCUUCCCUGGUUUCGCCUGAUCAGCUGCUCGAGCUUUUCCGCAGACGAGACACGGACACAAUGUCACAUCAGACGGGCAUUCAAGCUGGCAAUGACGUGAAGGAGAUUUUUGCCAGUGCCAAGAGCGGAGACGAGUACCGAGUCUUGAAAAUCGUCAUCGAGGAUGAGCAGCUGACAGUUGCCGACACCAAGAAGGCGUCAAAGAAGUGGGACCAGGAGUACGAUGCCUUAGUGCUACCGCUGCUGGAGGACUCCCUCCCCUGCUACAUCCUCUACCGGCUGGACUCCAGCAACAACCAGGGUUAUGAAUGGAUCUUCCUCGCAUGGAGUCCCGACCACUCUGCCGUGAGAAACAAAAUGCUCUUUGCCGCGACCAGAGCCACACUGAAGAAAGAGUUUGGCGGCGGCCACAUCAAGGAUGAGCUUUUUGCCACGACAAAGGAUGAGAUCAACCUCAAUGGAUACAGGAAAUAUCUGCUGUCGGAGUCGGCUCCGCUGCCCCUCACCGCUGCCGAGGAGGAACUGAGACAGAUUAAACUACACGAGGUUCAGACGGACAUCAGUGUGGACAGUAAGCACCAGACCCUCCAAGGUGUGGCCUUCCCCAUCCACCAUGCUGCCGUCGCGGCACUUGAGCGCUUCAGGGACAAGGAAAUCAACUAUGUGCAACUGCAAGUAGACUUCGAACAGGAGCUGAUUUGCUUGUGCAGCACCGAGCCAACGGACCUGAGGACCCUCCCGUCGAGGAUCCCCAAAGACGCCGCUCGCUACCACUUCUUCCUCUACAAGCAUUCCCACGAGGGUGACCGCUUGGAGUCCACGGUUUUUAUUUAUUCCAUGCCGGGGUACAAGUGUAGCAUCAAGGAGAGGAUGCUCUAUUCCAGCUGCAAAAACCCUCUGGUCGACAUGGUGGAAAAUCAACUGAAGAUAGAGAUUGAGAAAAAGUUGGAAAUCGACAACGGCGACGAGCUGACCAAUGAAUUCAUGUAUGACGAGGUGCAUCCCAAGCAGCACGCGCACAAGCAGGCCUUCGCCAAGCCAAGAGGUCCUCAAGGGAAGCGGGGCGGCCGUCGCAUCACCCGACCCCCCGCCGACGGCCAGGAGGACGAUUAAAACAAGACUUUGGGCACCGACAACCUGUGCACGUUCCAUAGUGGAACAUUCCUGAGAUUGAGGUGAUCACAUUUGCUUGUUUUUAACACGGAACGCAGAAAAAAAAAGGAAAAAAAAAAGGAUGACGACCUCACAUUACCCCCCUCCCCCGAGCCAGCUAUGCACGCAGAGGACAACUAAGCAAUGGCAUAUUUCAGCAGUUUCCCAUUUGUAGCUUGCCAAAUGGAAGCCUAUUAAUCUCUCUGAUUACAUUCCCGAUGAGUUGAGCCCCUUUUUGCCAGAUUGUAGUGUGACUAAUGUGAACUCGCGCCAAUAUGACAACAUUCUCCCCUCACUUUUUAGAUUGUAGUGUGACUAAUGUGAACUCGCGCCAAUAAGACAACAUUCUCCCCUCAAAUUUUUAUUUUGGGGGGAUCAGACCCCCAGAUUCCUCGCAAACUUUCAUUCCUUAAAGUCCACCCCUUAGUGUGUCUUAACUGUGCACAACCUCGAGGUGCUUCGAAAGCAGAGAUGAUGUAAUGAUCCAGAUUGUGUCUCCUGAUUAAUUUUAACAGUGCGUUUUAUAUUGCAAAUUUUUUUUUUUUGGUUCGUUAUAACUGGUUUACAUGGAGAAAGAAAAAAAAAUCAUCUGCUGAGAAACUUAUUUUUCUAUGCAAGUGCUGUAAUUGUACAUAUUGUAGCCACGUGUCUGUGUGUGUGAGUGUGUGUGUACGUGUGUGUUGUCUGGUGAUGAUGUCGCUGAGGGGCUUCCACUAAAAUGUCAUCCAUCGAAAGUCAUGUUCGACGCGAUCAGAAUCCCAGAGAGAGAGAAUGGGGAGGGGGGGGGGAAGAGCUUGCUACGGAAUAGGAAAGGGAAUAUUUGUGUCGAUCAAAAUGUUGUCAUGGUCUCUCGUUUUACUGAUGACUUAACAUUAGGCCAACUACCAAGCUCACCUCGUGUUCAAAACCGGGCAUGGAAAUCCCGUUCGUAUUCAUCGUGUCGUUAGAAUUAGAGAAGGAAAAUGAUGUUUGGUCUUACUUGUUUUCCUACAGAUCUUUUUUUCUUUUAAAGAAGAAUAAAAAUAUUGAAAUUG